GAUUCGGAUUAGACUGCAAUAAGAGAGUAAAACCUGUAGAGGGCAGCAAUGCAACAAUACUCAAUACAGCCACUGACUAAAGUAGAAGAAGAAACGAACGAGACGAAGAAGACAACGACCCCUCCGUAUCAAGAUGCUUUUCUCGAGGGUUGUACAAACUGUGGGACCCACAUUGAAAUUCGUGAGAUCCAUCCACCACAGUCCGACAUGGAGAAGUCCUCUUAUACCCAUAGUCAUAGAACAAACGGGCAGAGGAGAAAGAGCUUAUGACAUUUAUUCCCGCCUACUAAGAGAGAGAAUCAUUUGUGUAAUGGGUCCUAUUGAUGACUCUGUGGCCAGCUUGGUUAUCGCGCAACUGCUAUUUCUUCAGUCAGAAAGCAACAACAAACCAAUUCACAUGUACAUCAACAGCCCUGGUGGUGUGGUGACAGCUGGUCUAGCCAUUUAUGACACGAUGCAAUAUAUCCUUAAUCCCAUCUCCACUUGGUGUGUUGGUCAAGCAGCGAGCAUGGGUAGUUUGCUGCUGGCAGCAGGGACAACGGGCAUGAGGCAUUCAUUACCUAAUGCCCGCAUAAUGGUCCACCAGCCAUCUGGAGGCGCCAGGGGCCAGGCUACUGACAUUGCCAUCCAGGCUGAGGAAAUCCUGAAAUUGAAGAAACAACUUAACCAUAUCUACGCCAAACACACUGGGCAGCUGCUAGAAACCAUUGAGAAUGUGAUGGAAAGGGACCGUUAUAUGAGCCCCAUGGAGGCCCAGGAUUUUGGCAUUGUUGACCGGGUCCUGGUCCACCCACCUCAGGCAUGGCAGGAUGAGCCUGAGCUGGUUCAGAAAGAACCUGCCACAGCAGCCAGUCCCUCUGCAGCUUUACAGUCUCCAGCACUUGAGAAUUCCUCCCCUGGGACCAUCCCUCCCUCCUCACACAAACCUGAACCAUGAUUGACCCAAUAAAGUUUUGCCAGGAUCACUCGGAAUAUUCAUAUUUUUCAAUAAAUUUAAUUUGACUGUGAA